UUGCUACUCGUACCCACAAUGCAAUGCGCGAAAGUCCGUGGUCUGUCGAUCUCCAUUGUUCUUGUAAAUGCAGUUGGAGAGAGAAAAAAGGACACCGAUAGCGAUUUUCCUUACUGAGGAUUUUGCAACACUGGUCAUUUCUGCACGAUGAAGCCCACAUCGAAUUCAGACGAGGAUGUUGCUGCAGUCUUGCAGUCUUCCGAAAGCAAAAAAGAUAGCACUAGCAAUGAAGAAGGGGAGGAAUUUCUGCCAGGUAAUGAGGAGCCUUGCAGCUCGUCUGAGGAGGAGAAGGAAGAUCGAAAAAGUCAGUGGAGAUCGAAAAAUGGGGAAAUCCUGUGGUGUCCCACACACGAGGAGACCCUGCCAUAUUUUCCUUCUUCCAUUUUAACCCCAGGACCAACCCCUUACGCAAUUGCUAGGAUCAGCAGCCCCGUGAGUGCUUUUGAUCUUUUAUUUGCGGAGGACCUUAUGCAGCUAAUCCAGCAUUUUACCAACCUGCAGGGGAAGAGGUCGAUAAAAGAUUGGAAGGACGUAGAAGAGGAGGAGCUGCGGGCUUACAUGGGCCUGCUGAUCCUGGCUGGUCUGUACAGGUCUCAACAUGAAUCUACAAUAAGCCUGUGGGAUGGGGUGACAGGACGUGUUUUUUUUUCUGCUACAAUGGCACAAAAAAGAUUCCAGCAAAUUAAUCAGGCCCUAAGAUUUGACGAUCGUCUUUCCCGUUCAGGUGGCAGGGAGAAUAAAUUGGGUCCUAUAAAGGAUUUAUGGAGCAAGUGGAGUAGCCGCCUGCCCAAAUUUUUUAAUCCAGGGAGGGACAUAUGUGUGGAUGAGCAGCUGGUCCCUUUUAGGGGCCGCUGUUCAUUCAAACAAUAUAUGCGCCUCAAACCUGCAAAAUAUGGGCUAAAGAUCUGGGCCCUAUGCGAUGUGAAGACCGCCUAUGCCUGGAGGCUGCAGUUGUACACUGGGAGGUCUGAAUCAGCAAAGAGGCAGGUUAGUCAAGGAAUGCAGGUGGUGCUUGAUUUGACAGACGGACUGAAGGGCCACACAGUAACAAUGGACAAUUUUUUUACAUCAUUUCCUCUUGCAGAGGAAUUGAGGAAAAGGAAGAUGGCCCUGGUGGGCACUCUGAGGAUUAACAAACCUGAGCUGCCCCCACAGCUGCUGAACAUUCAACACAGAGAGUUAAUGUCCUCUGUCUUUGCUUUUAGUCACAACGCUGCUUUGGUAUCCUACGUGCCAAAGAAAUCAAGAAAUGUUCUCCUGUUGAGCACAAAGCACCGUGAGCCACAAGUCGAAAGCUCUGGCAAGAAAAAGCCCCAGAUCAUCCUGGACUAUAACAAGUGCAAAGGGGCUGUGGAUCAUCUAGAUCAGGUUUGUGGCAACUACUCCUGCCGUCGGAGGACACGUAGGUGGCCCAUGUGUCUGCUGUAUCACAUGCUUGAUGUAAGCUGCUACAACGCUUUUGUCCUCUUCACUGCUGUGGACACAGAGUGGAACAGAGGAAAGGGACAUGUCCGGCGUCUGUACAUAGACCAGGUUGGCAGAGCCCUUAUCACCCCGACCAUGAUGAAGAGAAACUACCUGCCUAGAACACCGUUCGCACUCAGCCUGGUCUUACAAGCCCAAGGCAAAGAGCAGCAGAAGCAGGUGAAAGAGGAAGAGCAGCAGGAAGAGGAGGAAGAGCAGCAGGAGGAGGAGUGGGAGUCGCCUUCCAAAAAGCGGAUGCAGUGCGCAUCGUGCAAACAGCGCAAAAGGGUCAUAAACAACUGCAGCAGAUGUGGUGCCCCUGUCUGCAAAAUCCAUUUGAAAACACUUUGUGCUUUAUGUUAUAAAAAGUAAAUUACAUCUUUGUUCAGUUUGUUGUUGAGUUUGUUCAGCUCAGUUCAGUUUGUUUUUGCAAAAAAGUGUCAUUGAUCCAAAAAUAAUAAUGCAUCUAAAUCAAUGUUGUUAUCAAUUACUGACCUAUUACUGUAAUAACCUCAUCCCAAAUAUUUUGUUUUGCAACCAAUUUUUGGAAAAUAUUGCAGAUUAUGUUUUUUUCCAAUAAAAAAACAGGGGCCUAUAUGACAAUAAUGGUAUAGAAAUAUACAAAUAUUAAUAAAAAAGAAUAAAAAACAUUAUACCUAU